AUGAGCAAUGAUCUGCCUGUUCUGACAAGUCUGACUGAGAACUCCACUGAUGUGCCAGUGUCGGCUGGCCAGGUGGAGAACUAUGUGCUGCUGCUGGUGCUGCUGAGCGUUUUUGCCGGCGGGACGCUGGUCCUGCUCUCCCUGCUGCUGCUCUUCUGUCACCGCUGCUGCAUGGGCGGACGGCGCUACUCCAGAGCGAGCGAUGACCCUGAGAAGACAAACACUACUUACGCUGAGGACUCUCAGCCCACACAAGAAAUCACCAUUCGUCUGGAUGAAUCAGACGCUCUCUCAGCAUCCAGCUGUCACGAUGGAGAGUCGGAGCGAUUUGUCUCCACCGGGUCGACCGGCCGCAGAGUCUCCUUCAAUGAAUCUGCACUUUACGAGCAGGAGAAGACGACUCAGGACAAAGGACGCAGGUACACCCUGACUGAAGGAGACUUCCACCACCUGAAAAAGGCCCGGCUGACCCACCUCCACCUGCCUCCAGCCCCCUGCGACCUGAAGAUCCUCACCAUCAUGGAGUGUGACUCAACAGAGAGCAGCACCAUCAACAUCAGUGAGGCUGCAGCUCCUAAACUGCCCCUCACCAUCUACCAGCCCACUGAGAGAAGAGUCCCAGACUGGAUGGGUCAGAGCCUCAGCGGAGGUCUGCCGGGAGACCAGCACCACUCCAUCAUCCUGGACCAGGGACCCAUGCAGCCCUCAUCUGCCAUGAAACCGCAGCACACACGGUCCCAGACAAUGGAGGCUAUCGGGGACAGGGGGGAGGCUGAGAGCGAAAGGGGGCUGAGAAGAGAGUCGACUCCAGCUCCGGGCCAGACUUCAGUUCUACAUUUCUUCUCUAAAUUGCGGCGCCAUGCCAGUCUGGAGGGGGCCGGGCCUUACUUUAGGAGGUGGAAGUUCGACACCAGUCACCGGGCUGCCAGUCUGGAUGCCAAAGGAUCCCCCAAGAGAAGGCCCUUUCAGAGACAGAGGGCUGCUAGCGAAACCACUGAUCACACAGAAGAUGACUCUUCUCCUCUCCGAGAUGAGGCCAUUGAAUCUUUCCCACACACUCCCAUCCAGACCAGUGGCCUCCAGUCGCUCUCAGCAGAGUCUCUUACUCAUCCCACAUCUGCACCUACAUCUUCAGUCUUCCUCAGCAGGCUAAAACUGGAGGCCAUGGUGGAGGUAGGUGGUAGCAGCAGCACCAGGAGAGAGGAACUCUGUUUGCCAUCAGAUAGUUGUCUUGCCCUGAGGCAAGAGGAGGCCACAGUUAAUGGAACAGAAGAGGAAAAAGAAACGAUGUUCGGUGCAGCUUUAAGAUCAGAGGCAGCAGGAGACGAGCUACAAUCAGCAGAAGACGACGACUUGUUCGGGAUACAACAAGAAGCUGCUAUUCAGGAAAGGUUUGAAGACAUGUUAAAGACAAGUAAACACACAACAGCAGACAGCGGGACAGCAGAUGUGAGGAAAAAGACAGAGGCGGAAGUAGAAGAUGGAGAUGAGGUGGUGUUAGGUGCUGAGGCCAGACGAAGGACUGACUCAGGCUCAUCUUUUUCCUUCAUGAUUCGCCAGGAAAGCCUGGAGGCCCCUCCUUCCCUGUACAGAGACAUUUGGAGCUUGCGAGCCUCUCUGGAGCAAUACGCCUCCUCAGACCAGAGCAGCACAGAUCGGGAGUCCAUCCGUAGCGAUGCCGACAGCGUCUCGUCCCUCGGUGGUGCAGGAGCUCGUUCAGGCCUGGACAGCUGCUUGUCCCAAGACCUGGACGAUGAGCCUGAGGGAGAAGGGGAGGCAGAGGCGAUGGACGGAAGAACCAGAGGGGCAUCAGGUGUAGACAGUGAGAUGGGGAGUGUAGCUGGGGGGGAGGCUGAGGGGGGAAACAGGAAGCUCCUCCAAAUGGACAGUGGCUACGCCUCCAUCGAAGCACCAUCCAGGGCCCCAGAGGAGAUGCGGCUGUUCGGGACUCCUGGAGCCCCUCGAGGGAAGACGGCGUCCGAGAGGAGGUUGUUUUUCACCAACUCUGGAAGAAAAGGCUCUGUGUGCGAGAGCAUGGAGACCAGGCUGUUUCAGGAGGAGCUGGAGGACGAGAUGGCGGACAGCACAGACAGAGACGGGACACUCAAGGAGAAAUCUCAGACUGACAACCAGUCUCUCACCCUUCAAGAACCAUAUCAGCUUCUGAAAGUCCUUCACCCUCAGAAGUCUCCAGAAUCACAGACACAGCCGAUGUCUCCACUGGUGAAACCAGUCUCACAGCCCUCAAGUCCCCACCGACCUCGUCUCCGCCGCCGUGACUACAGCAUCGAUGAGAAGACAGACGCCCUUUUUAAUGAGUUUCUUCGUCACGAUCCACGGUUCGACCAACAGGACUCUCCGUUACGCUCCAGACAUCGAUCCAGAGUUCACCUCCGGAAACAGUGGCAAAGACAUAAGCAAUACAGCGACCCGGGGUCCAGCACUGGGGGAAGGUACUCCCCAUCUUUGGAGAGGCAGAGGUUCAGUCCGCUGAGGAGGGGAGACAGCGCCGGCUACCCUCUGGACACCAGAUAUCACAGCACCCUCUCUCGCAUCGCGAGUGCUGCUGAUGAAGAAGCCAGCGAGGUUGCUGCUUCUGAGGAGGCAGCCAAAGAGAGAGCAGAGGGCAAAGAUCCAUCAAACGAAGGAGCUGCGGGGGAUUCUGCCGACAGAGCGGCCAACAAAACAUCUGAAACAACCGACACAACAAAAAGCAGCUCUGGCUGUGCGACGUCGGAUGGUGGGACCGAGGGCUGCCAAAUCUCUACAAACAAGGACACAGAAAGCACAAGCAGCCAGUCGGUGAGCACGGCGACUGCACAAACGAGCUACAUGGAUCCAAGAGUCGACAACAGGAACAACAACAGCAGUCAGGCCAUCUUAUCAGAAGUUUCCCUGCAGGCAGAGAGCAGUCUGACAGACAAGCUGGCGGUGUCGGUGGAAGAGAGGCUUUACGGCGGCCUGCGGAGUGCAGAGAAGCUCGGCCAGGGAGGAUCAGAGCGUGUGCUGACCGUGUCUCACACAGCCUCACCUGGAUUCAGUCCCAUAUAACCUGUUACCAUCGUCUUCAUCAUUUUAUUUCAGAUUUGUUGUCUGUAGACGAAGGUCCACAGCGAGUCAUGUGCUAGCUACUCAGUUUCCGCGUCUUCUACGUCUUCUAAAAGACAGAACUACCUUCUUGAUGGCCAGUCUAUUCCAGCAUUUCCAUUUAGACCUUAACUGCCACUGUGAUGCCAUGUGACACGUGAUGCCCCUUUCUAUUGGUCAUCAUUCUUCAAAUCAAACGCAGUCAUCGCAGAGCUUUGAAAAAAAAAAUAGACCCCAUCGUUAGAAAACUUCAGUAUUUUCAGACUUAACUGUGAAUUUUUAGCAUGCUACUGUAGGUCGAAAACAAUGUAUGUGUGAAUACUGUACAGUUUUAACUCCAAAACAAAAAGCACUUUGGUGGGAAGAAGGAUAAUGACGGCUUUGUCACCCAUUUCUCUCAUUUUAAAACCAUACUCUCCUCAAGUGUCCUUCUUGUCUCGAUCAUCGUGAGCGUAAACGCGUGUGUGGGAAGUGCUGUGUCGUAUCUGGCGAUGGGGAGGGAAGAAGAAAAAUGUGUUGCUGUGUUCGCACCUCAUCAGCAGAUAAAACACUGUAUCGUAAAAGUAAAAACAGAUGGGACGCCCAGACGACACAGUCAACACAGCGGUGGGAAAAUGUGCAUCAAAUAGUUGUAUUUGAACAGGUUUUCUUUUUUUUCUUAUUUUGUUAGUCAUCUGUCCCUGUUACGCAUCAUAAUUUAGGAGGUGGCAUCCAGAAGCUUCAGUGGGCUCGACUGGAGUGUUGCUGGGACUCUGCUGAGGGAAAACUGACGGAUGAUAUUUAAAGUGACUGACACAGGAGCCUCUCAGGCUUUUAGACAGAUGGUCCGGUGACAGAGAGUUGACGCUGUGAAACGUGGAGGUAGAAACUGAAUAUUCGUGGAGCGGCGUCUGUUCUCGAAUCCCAGCAAGUACGGGAUAAACUAACAGGCUGUUACCAAACCAAAGCAUGGUGACGUUCUAGAUUUCCACUGUCAACAAAUCCAGUGCAAAGACUAAAACCAACACCGGACUGAUCCCGCCGCGCCUGAGAGAGCUAAUUCUUUGAGAACUUUGUUGUUGUCGAAAAACUAUUAGAUACACAUCAGUGAGCCACAUGGUUGAACUGUGCAACAUGUUCCUUCAUUACAGAGAACACAGCCACUUAAAACAGAGCAACAAAUGAAUAUUAAUCUCGAGCUGGAAAUACUUUCCUCACAAUGCACUAUUUAUUAAAAGCUACAGUGCCCAGGAAAUUACCUGACCUUUAAAAAAUAUGUUGCUGUUGACUUUCUGGAGGAACCAAUGAACUUUACUACAAAGUACUGAGAGAAAUGCAUUUUAGGUGGCUCUUAUCAUACAGCAUGAAGGAAAAUGUCAUUAUUUUACUUAUUCUUUACAUGUCAGGUUUGAAGUCAGGAAAAGAGCCGCAGCAAAAAUCACCUACUUUAUUGGCUAACUGGAUUAUUCUCUCAAUUAUGUGUAAAUGUCAUAAAUUGGUCAAAAAUGUCCAUGGUGACUUACAAAAUCAGAAGAGGAUCUUUUCAGUGCACCACAAAAAGCUUUAAAGUAACCCAGCUUUACAGAGGAGUCUACCAGGGGGUUGUGUGGUAGAAAAAAUAAAUCAUUAUUUAAGGGCAAAUAAGGAUGAAUAAACCAUGGAAAUGGAUCGAUACGUUUGCUUUAACAUAAAGGUUUGUUUGAAGCUGUGGAACAUGAAAACAUAUCCCUAAAAAAUGUACAACAAAACAUUAUCAACACAUACAGUUCAGCAGCUUCUUCUAAUAGUUAUGAAACUAAGACUGGGCACUUUCUAGCAAUCAAAGCUUGGCUUAAUUAUCCAGCUUUAGUCCUUUUCUACCUCAUAACCCCCGGGGGGCUCAAUACUAGUCAUUCCUUUCUGGUAUUUUUUUUUGUCAAACUGUAAACGAUUGUUUUGUCCGAUCAGGCAGUACAACACCCAGUGGUUUUUACUUGACAGUACAGACGAAGCAGCAAAUCCUCACAUCAGAGAAGCUGCAACCAGAGAAAGUUUGUUUAUUUGAUCCGCAGAAGAUUUUAGGUUUUUAUACAUCAAAAGAUCUCAGACUGAACAGCUUUUCACAUUUUUAAGUGCUCUGCAUUCAUGUGAAACUGCGUCUCUUCGCCGUCAGAGCGCCGCUGCAGGUUCUAAUACGAGAUGAAGACGGUCACCUGGGUAACUGCAACGGUAGGGACAGCGUGUCCCUUUUUUUCUUAAGAGACUUGUGUUCGAGCUACAGAGUGCAUCUUAUGAAAUUCAUGUCUUUGUCCGCAUUCACGGUGAACCAUCUGCUUUAUUGUAAAAUGACUAGCGCAAGAAGAUUCAAACAUCUUGCAGCCUUGACGAAGGCCAGACUUUGUGGGACCCACUGAGGCAAAUAUCUCAAUCUGGUUUUUCUGAAUAAAAAAAAAAGAAAAAGAAAAAAAGAAAAAACACUUCUUAUUCAUGUUUUUCUUUCUGUUGUGAUGUGAUUCAUGUCAGCUGAUGUAGUGUGUGACUCUGUCAGAACUGCAGAAUCAUUACCAUGAGUGUGCAUCCUCACAUACUAAUCACACCGGUGAAAUGUUCCUCCGCCUGUUAGGAGGAGAAAGCUCCUCAUGCUCCUGUUCGACGGAGAAACCUCUCUGUCGACCUUGCUGACGUGGGAAGCGCUGCUCUCUUCCUCCCUCACAGUUGUGACUCACCUGCUCUCUGAUCUAUUCCCAGUGAGGAGCUGAUGAUGGGCCCCGGCUGCGUAAGAGGAGGGUGGGGGUGGGACGGGCUCCCGCUGAUGUGAUCGGCACAACAAAGGAACCAGGCGACCGGCGCGAUUGUUACAGCACACCUUCUGCAACCGAGCGCGAUCGGCUCUGACUACAAAACGGCUGCAGACAUCAAGAGAAAGGACGAGCGCAGUGUUCCUAUCACUGUAAAUGACGUGUAAAAUGAUAAUAAUGAACGAAAGAAACUGACGUAAACCACUGAGCUGUAUUGCAUAAUAAAAAAUAAAAAAAAGAUGCUCAACUAAAACUGAAAACAGAAAGGAUCAUCCAACAAAACAGCCUGUUUGGGACAUAUUUUAUAUAAAUAAUAAUUAAAAAAUAUUCAUUGGAAAAAGAAAAAGAAAAAAAAA